AUAACAUCGGUCAUCGAAUGUUGGAGAAACGAAGUCCAAUUCGUAUUGGGCCACGCAAUUAUUUUCAUUUCAUUAUUUUCAAUUGAAGAAUACAUGUCGCGAAUAUAGCUAGCAAAGAAAAGUGCGGAAACAAGGCAACAACAACAACACACAGUGACUUACAAAACAAGACAUGAAGAAAAUAAAAAAACAAAUUGUAUUUCCCAACAAUACGCAGCAAUUGAAGUAACCACCAACCUCUGAUGGAUACAAAAGGCCAUCUGAGAAGUAACCCAUUAGAUGUUUCCAAACAAUCAACAUAAUAACAACACGUCAGAUCAGAUAACAAAAGAAAAAAAUAGUUGAAAGACAAAAUACGGAAGUCUUUCUUUAAAUCAACAACAGAUUUUAUUUUGGAUUUACAAAUCAACUCAACACAGCAACAACGUCACGUUAAAUUAUGAUUUUUUAAAGUGAAUUCGAGAAGGAAAUUGAACCAGAACAUAGGGGAAAAAGCUUUGAAGUAAUUAAUCAUGGCAGCACCUACAGUUUUUAUAACAGUUCCAAAAUAUGUGGCUAUAACGCCAGCCAAUGCACCCAACGGAGCCACCAUUGUGGCUCCCAUGGUUACAACAACAACCACAACCAAUACUACUACUACUACUACAUUACUACCUAAAAUUAAACCUGCUCCCCCACAAAACCCAACAGCUGUGCAAAUUUCCACAACGGCUUCAUCGGACAAUGAUUGCAGUGAUUCGAAUAGUAGCAGCACCACUUGUCCUCCACGAGGAAAAAAGAGGCGUUUGGAUCACUUGACAUGGGAGGAGAAAAUUCAGCGGAAAAAACUAAAAAAUCGCGUUGCGGCCCAAACAUCACGCGAUCGCAAAAAGGCCCGCAUGGAGGAGAUGGAAUGUGAAAUCAAAGAACUAACGGCACGUACCCAAAUUCUCGUCAACAAAUGUGAAAGUCUACAGGUCAUCAAUGAUUCCCUGUUGGAGAAGAAUCAAAAACUUGACAUGGAAGUAGAGACGCUCAGACAACAAUUGCAGGAGCUACAAAACAAACAACAACAGCAACAACACAGUACCGCCGCCAGCGCAACCCUGGUUAGCCGCUGUGCCGGCUGUGAGUCCUUAUUAAACGGAUCAGCAGUAUCCAAAAAUACUGACCCUCUGCAGCAGGGCUCAAACCCCAAGGACUUUCAGUCGACACAGCUGUUAAACAGCAGCAGCAGUGUGUUGCAACUGCAACAACAGCUGAAAAAGAGCACAACAGUCUCGUCCCUGUGGCGUGUCAUAGCUCUCUGCCUUCUCUACAAGAUAUGCUCCUACCCGACAUCGAAAUCGGCGAAGGAACGCUCGAUGAUGCAGAAUUUGAUGCCGGCAAGCUGGAAGAACUUGCCGAAAGCCUCCUUGCCGAUAUCACAGCAGACCUGGAGGCUAGCAAUCGAGAGGGCGAUGCGUCUGUUGCCGAAAUUGCAGGCGGAACAGAGCGAUUGUCUGGAUCAGUGGUGGGGACCACAACAGAGUGCCUGGAAUCCGGCCAACAUACAAGCCAAAAUGGCAGUGGCCUAACAACAGCAACAACAACAUCCACAUACAUGCCCUCUCUGCAAACACCGGAAUUGACCCUAGAAAAUAAAUUAGAAAAGGAAAUUUGUCAAUCAACCAGCGACGUCUCUUCUAUUACUACAACCACAUUAACAGCCCCAGAUGCUAUGGCCAGUACAGCCGCCCCCACUACCCUAACACCUGACACUGUGUAUGGUACAUAUGAUGCCAA